AUGCAACUAUUCAUUGUAUUCGCGAUUCUAUUAUGGUUUAUACAUAUAACACAUCAGGUAACCAUCUCACGUAGACAAUAUCCUCAACAAAUACAAUUCGCAUCAAUACCUAACCAAGUAGAACAAGGGAAUAAACAAUUUAUUGAAGGAGGUGUAGGAGGAGUAGCAGGAGAAGAACAACAACAAGAAGAACAAGAACAAGGAACCCAUCGUUCUAAACGUUUAUCAGAUAAUCAACAAUUAAGUACAACAUAUCGUAAUCCAUUUGCUGCAUUUUUAAAACGUAAACGUCAUUCUAAAUCAACUGAUUCACGUUUAUCUAUAAAAAAGGAUUUAACUAGUGCAGAUUCAAAGUGUGGUUUAAUGUGUCAUUUACUUUGUCGUCCCGGUUGUUCCAAAAUUUGUUAUUCAUCUUGUACUUAA